AUGGAAAGCACCGAAUCAUCGGACACUGCCAUUCUGUCUGUUCUUUCGCGUUGUCUUCGUGCGGAACGUACCAAAUUGGACAUACAAUCAGUGCGCGAGUUCCUCAUUCCCAUUCUACACCUACACGCGCAUCGUGAUGGCAUCAAAGAUCAUCCAAUCUCGGCCCAGAUAGCUUUGCACCACUUACUCGGCCUACUACACGUACAACUGACCUCAAUAUGGCCGAGUAUUCAGGAAGCUGUGGCAAGCUACGCCGAAAUGCCGCAACAGCGCUCGGAUUCGAAGCCGCGACCGACCGGCGAACACAAAGUCACAGAUUCUAACCAAAAACCUGCUCCGGACACAGUUGAAGAUUGGCGUUACGUAGCCAGCCGUAUUUACUGGUCAAUAUUGGAGCCCGCUCUUGAAUUAUCAGCGGCACGCAUGGUGACUGUGGAUGAUGGUCACAAAGUUGUGCAGAGUCGUGCAAAGGACUGCGUCAUGCUCGAAAUAGAUAACCAAUCGGAUUUAUCUGCCUUGUAUCGAGAACUGACGUGUGAUAAACUGGACGCAGCUCAGGUUCACAUUUAUGGAAAGAAGGACUCGAGUGUGGAUCGAAAAUCCGUGGACUGGCAAUCCUAUCACCUAGCGUUGUGGCGUUGUUUACGACCCGCGAGUGCUGGGAAGAAGACUCGAUUCCUGGCACCACUUCUGCUCAAUCGAAUUAGACUCCGGCUCCAAAAUGGCCUGCGCAAAUCGGAGGAGGAGUGGCUACUGGUCGCGCUCGAUUUGUUUUCGAAAUUCCAUAAUAUCAAGUCCAUAUAUCAGGAACCGGAAUUCCGAUCACUCAUGUAUGAGCUGCUAACCAAUCCUCGACCACAUGUUCAAAAAGCGGCAUUUCGUUGUUUGUUGGCGUACAAGAAUAUGGCCCUAAACAACUACAGUGAACAAAUAGAAAAGAUUAUCGAUCCACGAAUGUUCCGCGACGAAAUACGAACAUUCCGAUUGGAUGUCAAUAUCCAGGAUCCCGAUCAUCGUAAUCAUGUUGCUCCCAUUUUUCUACGACGAUAUUCUAUUCUCAGUCGUCCGAUUCCGCUAAUUCGUGCUUUUCGCGGUUUAACUUCUUCCAAUUCGUUUUCCGAAUUCAGUAUCCUGUACGGUCGAUUACAGUUAUCCAAAGGACUGUUCGCUCCGGCCAUCUUCACCAACCUCGCUGCUUGUACCGAAUCGGAGUUCUCCAUAUUCCUCGGUCUUCUCUUGCAACCGUUACUGGAGAAAGCUGUCACUGUUCCCGACAAUGAGAAUCGCCCAGUCGCAGUUCAAUCGCUUCAAACGACCGACCUUUGUAUGUUCAUACGAAAUCUGCGCUGUCGUGUUCAGAGUUCCUCUUUCACAGCUGAUUCGUUAUCUUGGUCUCAACUUCAAGCACUUGCCAAAGUUUUGAACAACGUUCUGGAUUACAUGGGUCAUCGUUUAAACCAGAAUACUAGUGGUUCCAGUGACCACGUUCCAGUUGUUUCGAGCCCGGGCCAUUUGGAUAUUCUGUUCCGACUGGGAUUGUGCCUGGUUGCAAUGACCCAGACUGCAUCGGAAUUGCUGUUGUCUAAAAGUUCAUCGGACUUGGAACAUGAGCGACUCAUGCAUUUACCACACCCCGCACAAGUGAAAAAAAUCCGUGCUGUAGCCGUACGUUUGUUGGAACAUAUAUUCAACUCGAAUCUACGAUCGGGGACUUUCUUCCUAUCUGACGGGCGUAUGGCAGCCAUUCAAGAAGUCUGUCUUUACCAGCCCAUGCUCGCCAAACUUAUAGGAACGUCCACAGUCUCCACGAACCAUCUACUACUCACAAUGGUUGCCACCUGGUCUACUCACCCGCAACUGGCAGCAGGUCUUCUUCCUGGCCCGUGCUUGGACACAAUCAUGUCACUUCUGACCUCAAAGAACUUGAGCACAGUUGUCACUGAACGUUUGAUUCAAGUUGUUUGCAAUCUGUUGUUUAACGAUGAGAUGCAACCCGUUGGACGCGAAAUUUUACGAGCACAUCACGCGGCGCUUAUCCGCUAUCUGCACGAUCGAAUGCGACAGUUGUCACAGACCAAAACCCUACAGAUAUUUCGUCGCUCGAAAACCCAAAAUCAAGGGCUACGUCUUUGUCAAGAAUUUAAAAUUAUUGGCUAUUUGGCCACAUGUGCGAGCCCUAAUCAACAUGAUGCUGAUGACUCCGCUGACAGACUUUCCCCUAGUCAAGCUGAUUGGCUUCUGAAUGGAUUGCUGGCAUUGUUAACCAGAUGUACCAUCAAGACGAGUCGGAACGCGAGACGAUCGUCCGAUGAAUCGUCCGGCCACGUUCGUGUCAACUCAGAUGCCACGGCUCAUGCGGCAGAACAACAAAUGGCUACCGCUGAAGAACUACAAGCCGAUCUGAUUCACGCUGUAACCCGACUAGCAACUAUCGCGGACAACUAUGAGCAACAUUUGAGACGUAUCCUAGCUCUUUUCACGCGAAUUGACUCUCGAGUUUCUCGAGGUUUGCUUUGCCAAUCUGUAGAAGCGUGCACUCAUCGGCUACCAGCCAUCCCUCUCGGAACACUCAAGUUGCUGCUCGAAAUCUCUCAGAAUUCUCCGCGUCGGCUGCUAAACUACGUCGACAAGAGAACCAAUCACGAGCUUCCUUCAUUCAAAUUGUGCCCGGAGAUCUUGAUGAGACUCAAUUCAUGGGAUCAGUCCCGACUGGAACAGCCGGAUGUCGCACGUCGUGAGAAUGCUUUCGGUCUUUUGAGCGAGCUAUGUGAUCUAGUCCGAUUGCAACACCCUCCUCAUCAAAGCAUAUACGUUCACUUGGGUGGUGUGAGCUGUGCUCUCCACACCUUGGCUCAUGCAGAUCUUCAACUUCGGGAUGCUGCGUUGGAUUAUUGUCUGCGACUUGCCUCGGCUAUCGACUCUUGUGCAGACAGUGAGAAUAAGCGAGCUUUCUAUCACCCUCUUAUACAACACUGCCUUUGGCAAGAAUUAUUGCGUCUGCUACGCGAUCCACGCGUGGUCGGUCCAAAACGUUUGCAUUGCCUUCGAUUAUUGCGCGGGCUUAUCGAACAGUUUCGCUCGGAACAAUUGUUCGCUCCGCUCACUCUUUUGCUCGACAGCGGCAGGUCAACUCCGGCAGCAACUGCAUCAGACUUUUUUGCCAAUCUGCAAAGCGGUGCGGUGUCCAGACAAGCACAAGCGAUACGUAGACUUGCUCUGUUUCUUCACAAUCCCUUGACCAUCGUGGGCAAGAAAGAACUAACUCGAGUAAAGAAUCUUCUUCACCUUUCCGAUACCGACUUUCCCAUCACGGAGCGAUUGCUUUGCGAUUUUUUCCUGCCACUACUUUUUUUCUACUUGAAUCCUCAAUUUCAUUCCGUUGCUGACCACGAUACAUUGCUGUUGGAACAGAAACGCCUGAUAGACUACUGUUUGGACGCCUUGGGUGCCCUAGCUCGGCGCUUAUCGUGGACGUCAUAUAGAAAGCUCAUGGACACGGCAAUUUCAAAACUCAACAGCUCCAGCAAUCCGGCUUUCGGUGCUCGAUUGAUGAUGACUCUAAUCGAUGCCUUCGUUCCUCCGGUUUGGUCCUGUAAGGCGUCCACGAAUACCGAUCCGAACUCUACUGAUAGUCAACUGACUACUACGGAACUUCAACCGAUGGUUAAAGGUGAUCAAGCGGAUGCCGAAGAAAAAAUGGAGACUGAUCAAGCCUCCGUUGAGAAAACCGAACAAGGACAAUCAUCAAGCACUGAUGAUCAGACGAUUAUUUUGGCCUACAUGUUGAACGUGGUCAAAAAACUUCAACCAUUCAUUUCCAGAAGUCAUAAGUCUCAUACAGACGCUCCUGGAAAACAACCGCAAAAGUUCAAUAUUGCAUUGGUCGUUUCUUUGGUCUCGCUCCUCAAGCGUCUGCCUACAGGUUAUCUGGUUGGUCGUCUGCCUCAUCUUGUUUUACAAGUGGUCAACGUAUUGCGUCCCUCUCCCACAUCUCCACCGAAAGUGCGUGCUGAUGCAGUGAAGUCCUUGACUCGAGUUGUACGCAUAUUAGGCCCAGGUAAACCGUUAGAUAUAUUGGUGAGUGUGGUGAGUCAGCAGCUAGACCGUGGUUAUGCUGCACAACAAGUUCGUCUAUUCACGUUGCACAAGAUUCUCGGCGAGUUGGAGUCGUGUCUGACAACUGGAAAUAUGAUCCAUCACACCGGGCAGUUGGACACCAUUGGCCGUGUGAUCAGCAGUCAUUAUCUAGAUGAGUUGGUUGGUUCCCUCGCAGAGGAGAUGGAUUCACGACGUGCAGCAGGGCACUCCCUAUCAUCGAUUACCACAAACCGUGAGCAAGACGUAACUGAUAUGCAAACUUCGACGUCAGGUCUAGGUGGGUCCAAUACGACGGAUCUGCCGGAAGCGAACGGGAUCAAGGCCCCCGAAGGCCUUAGUCGUUUAUGUCGACUUUUGUCAGAAAGUGGAAUAGCAAGACUAUUCGAAGAUAUCGAAAAUGCUGUGCUAUCCGCAGCAAGUGGAUCGGGAUUGAAAAUGAAACCGGAUGGGGCAAAUCCGUCCGUUUGUAAAAACUCGGUUGGCUGUGGUUUACGAUUCCGAUCCCGUGCACUGGCACGCCUCGAAGUGUCCCUUGCUCGCUUACCCACUCGCAACGGAAUAUUCAGUUUGAGACGCAGCGGCCGUUUAUCGGUUUGUAGUUUGGUGCAAUUGAGUACACAGAUAAUUCAGCGCAAUCUGAAUCAAGUGUUGGCCAUAGACUGCACAGAUUCAGUGGAUACGUCAGCAGCAGUAAUAAACAAACCGGGUACCACACGUCCGAUAACGGGCUGGAAGCAGCCGAAAUCGGCUCCACUUGAACCACGUUGGAGUUACUUGGAGCUCGAGACCGAACCGAGUAGAGAUCGUUCAGCAGACUCAGUUGCUCAAUCAGACGUGACACAAGCACACUUGCUUGUGAGUUGCGGGUUGCAUAUUCUAGUCGGCUUGUUACGUUAUCGUUGGUUGCAACCGGAGAACACAGAACAAAUGAUUGAGUUGUCAAAAUGUGUACCGCUCAUACUGGACUGUCUGCGGUCUAAAUACGUACGCGUUCUAGGUGCGGCUCUCCGCUGCUUGAAUUUCUUGUUAGUUGUGGCGAGGUCAAAAAUGUCUGCUUCCAUGAUGCCGAAUUUUCCCGAGCAUCUGAAGACCGCUGGGGAUCGCCUGUUUGGCCUUUUGUCUACACAUCCAGGUCUACUAUCCACAAAGACUGCUGCUACCGAUCCAUAUGCCCAACAAUUUGCGUCGAACUUGUAUCGAGCUCUUUCUUCGCUAAUUCGUCAGCAGAACACAUAUCCCUUGUCAUCGAGUCAGCUUUUGACACUUUUGAAUGCGGUCGAUAUCGAGUUGACACGUGAUGCGGCAGCCACUCCUUCAUUAUCACUCCUGCAAGCUAUUCUCCAACGUCGCUUACGUGAUUCUGGUUUAGCUAAGGACGANUUGCUGGCGAUUUAG